AUGAGCAGCACAAGCAAGCGCAACGUGCUCGUCGUCGGCGCAACCGGCAAGCAGGGACAGGCCGUCAUAUCCGCCCUGCUCAGCCCGCCGCCGCCGGGCUCAGCGCCGGUACACAUCCUCGCGAUGACGCGCAGCAUCGCCUCCGCCUCCGCCAAAGCCAAGGCCCUGGCCGAGGCGCACCCGGACUCUGUGACGCUCGUGGAGGGCGACCUGCUCGACCCGGCCGCGUUCUUCGCCUCCCGGCCUAGAGGCUCCAUCGCCGCGGUCUUCCUGUACACCGCGCCGGGGAAGCAGAGCGAGACCGAGCAGGCGGUGCCGUUCGUCGACGCCGCGGCGCGCCAUGGCGUGCGGCACGUCGUGUUCAGCAGCGUCGACCGCGGCGGCGAGCCCGCCAGCUGGGCGAACCCGACGGGCAUCAAGCACUUCUACGAGAAGCACGCCGUCGAGCUGCACCUGCGGGACGGGCUGCCGGCUGCCGAGGCCGAGGGCGAGGGCGAGGGCGAGGACGGCCGGACGCCGACGUGGACGGUCUUGCGCCCGGCCGCGUUCCUGGACAACAUGAACCCGGGCAUGUUCUGCGCGCUGUUCACGGCCAUGUGGAGCACCGCGCUGGCGCCGGACAGGAAGCUGCAGUUCGUCGGGACGCGGGACAUCGGGCUUUUUGCGGCGCGGGCGCUGGCGCAGCCGGAACGUUGGGCCGGGCGGGCGGUCAGUCUCGCGGGUGACGAGAUGACGCUGGCUGAAGCGCAGGCGACGUUCCGGCGGGUGGUGGGCAAGGAGCUGCCGAGCACGUGGGGGGUGUUGGGCCGGGGAUUGAUGUGGGCUGUUGGUGAGGUCGGGAGGAUGUUUGCGUGGUUUGAGAGCGAGGGUUAUGGGGCGGAUAUUGAGGCGCUGCGGAGGGAGGAGAGCUCGUUGCAAGACUUUGAGGCGUGGUUGAGGGAGAGUAGUGGCUGGAAGGACGAGAUCAAGAAGUGA